AUGAUAACAUUUGAAGACCUGGCUGUGUACUUUACCUGGGAGGAAUGGCAGAACAUGAACCAAGCUCAGAAAAUCCUGUACAGGGAUGUGAUGCUGGAGACCUACAGCAGCCUGUUCUCCUUGGGGCACUGCAUGACCAAACCUGACUUGAUCUUGAAGUUGGAGCAAGGAGCAGAGCCCUGGAUGGGGAAAGAAUGCUUACAUCAUAGCCUUCCAGUUGCCAUGAAAAGGGAUGACCUGAUUAGUAAAAACCAGAAAAGUCAGGACAAAAAUCUGAACCAGAAUGUUAUGAAAAACAAUAAGACAUCAACUCCCAAGAUCAUUGAAUUAAGAAAAACACUUCGUUUAAGUUCAAACCAUAUUCCAAAACUGAGUAUCAAAAAGAGAAUCUAUUCAGGAAUGAAACCUGAAGAAUGCAAUGUAUGUCAUAAUGUGUAUCUGCACUGUGGGCCUGUUCAACUACAAACUGGAGAAAAAUUUGAUGCUACUAAUGUGCCUGGGAAUGCUCUCCAGAUCUGUGAGGCUCUUAAUCAACAGCACAAAAACCAGACUGUGCAACAGUCAUUUGAACCAAUCGGAAAAGGCAAAGUCUUCAAAAGGAAAAAUAUAUUUUGUCAAUCUGAGAGGCAUUUUAUGGUAGAAAGUAAGAAGUCAACUGCCACUAUUGGCAAGACAACUCAAAUAGAACAUGAUUUCCAUAAAAAUUCUAACCUCAGUAUGCAUCAACAAAGUCCCAGUAGAGAGAAAGUUUAUGAAUAUAGUAGUUCUUUGGAACCUGUCAUUGAUCAAUCACCUCUUAAAAUAAAUCAUAGACCACAUAUAGGGAAGAAACCCUAUGCAUGUAAGUCUUGUGGAAAAUCAUUCAGUUAUAAAUUCUGCCGUGCAAUUAAUUACGGUACUCACGUAGUGGAAAACUCUCAUGUGUUUAAUGAACAUGGAGAAGCCACUUACCAGAAGUCACAUCGCAUAAAUCAUCAGAGAAUUCACUCAGGUGAGAAACCUUAUGAAUGUAAUGACUGUGGAAAAUACUUUGGUCAGAAGUCACACCUCAUAAAGCAUCAGAUAAUUAACACAGGGAAUAAACUUUAUGAAUGUAAUAACUGUGGAAAAGCUUUUGGCCUAAAGUCACACCUCAUAAAUCACCAGAGAAUUCACAUGGGAGAGAAACCUUAUGAAUGCAGUGACUGUGGAAAAGCCUUUCGCUGUAAAUCAACCCUCACAAAGCAUCAGAAAAUUCACACAGGGGAUAAGCCUUAUGAAUGUAAUGACUGUGGAAAAGCCUUUGGCCGGAAGUUCCAUUUCAUAAAUCAUCAGAGAAUUCACACAGGGGAGAAACCUUAUGAAUGUAAUGACUGUGGAAAAGCCUUUGGGAAAAAGUCACACCUCAUAAAUCACCAAAGAAUUCACACAGGAGAGAAACCUUAUGAAUGCAAUGACUGUGGAAAAGCCUUUCGCUGUAAAUCAGUCCUCACAAAUCAUCAGAGAAUUCACACAGGGAAGAAACCUUAUGAAUGCAAUGAGUGUGGAAAAGCCUUUGGCCAGAAGUCACACCUCAUAACACAUCAGAAAAUUCACACAGGGGUGAAACCUUAUGAAUGCAGUGACUGUGGAAAAGCCUUUCGCUGUAAAUCAGCCCUCACAAAGCAUCAGAGAAUUCACACAGGGGAUAAGCCUUAUGAAUGUAAUGACUGUGGAAAAGCCUUUAUGUGGAAGUCUUGUCUCAUCCUACAUCAGAGAAUUCACAUGGGGGAAAAACCUUAUGAAUGCAAUGAAUGUGGUAAAGCCUGUAGCCAGAAGUCAAACCUCAUAACUCAUCAGAAAAUUCACACAGGAGAGAAACCUUAUGAAUGCAAUGAGUGUGGCAAAGCUUUUGGCCAGAAGUCACACCUCAUAACUCAUCAGAAAAUUCACACAGGGGUGAAACCUUAUGAAUGCAGUGACUGUGGAAAAGCCUUUAUGUGGAAGUCAUGUCUCAUCCUACAUCAGAGAAUUCACACGGGGGAAAAACCUUAUGAAUGCAGUGACUGUGAUAAAGCCUUUGGCCAGAAGUCACAUUUCAUAAAUCAUCAGAGAAUUCACACAGGGGAGAAACAUUAUGAAUGCAAUGAGUGUGGGAAAGCCUUUGGCCAGAAGCCACACCUCUUAAGGCAUCAGAAAAUUCACACAGGGGAGAAACCUUAUGAAUGCAGUGACUGUGGAAAAGCCUUUGGCCGGAAGUCCCAUUUCAUAAAUCAUCAGAGAAUUCACACACGGGAUAAGCCUUAUGAAUGUAAUGACUGUGGAAAAUCCUUUAUGUGGAAGUCACAUCUCAUCCUACAUCAGAGAAUUCACAUGGGGGAAAAACCUUAUGAAUGCAAUGACUGUGGUAAAGCCUUUGGCCGGAAGUCACAGCUCAUAACUCAUCAGAAAAUUCACACAGGAGAGAAACCUUAUGAAUGCCAUGAGUGUGGGAAAGCCUUUGGGAAGAAGGCAUACCUCAUAAAUCAUCAGAGAAUUCACACAGGGGAGAAACCUUAUGAAUGUAAUGACUGUGGAAAAGCCUUUGGGAAGAAGUCACACCUCAUAAAUCACCAAAGAAUUCACACAGGAGAGAAACCUUAUGAAUGUAAUGACUGUGGAAAAGCCUUUCGCUGUAAAUCAGCCCUCACAAAGCAUUAGAGAAUUCACACAGGGAAGAAACCUUAUGAAUGUAAUGACUGUGGAAAAGCCUUGGCCGGAAGUCCCAUUUCAUAAAUCAUCAGAGAAUUCACACAGGGGAAAAGCCUUAUGAAUGUAAUGACUGUGGGAAAGCCUUUAUGUGGAAGUCACAUCUCAUCCUACAUCAGAGAAUUCACACGGGGGGAAAACCUUAUGAAUGUAAUGACUGUGGAAAAACCUUUCUUAAGAAGUCAUCUCUCAUCCUACAUCAGAGAAGUAAUACAGAGGAGAAACCCUAUGAAUACAAUGACAGUGGGAAACCAUUUGGUCACAAAUCAAGCCUCAUAAGUCAUCAGAGAAUUCACACAGCGUAGAAAGAUUAUGAAUGUAAUGACUGGAAAAGCCUUUCUGAGUAAGUCAGCUCUAGCACCCACAUCAGAGAAUUUGCACAGGGGAAAAACCUGAUGAAUGUAAAGACUGGAAAGUCUUUACCCAUAAGUCAAACCUCAAAAGGCAUCAGAGAAGUCACACAGGGGAUAAACCUUCUGAAUGCAAUGACUUGGAAAAGCCUUUGGCCAAAAGUCAAGCCUUGUAAAUAAUUAGAGAAGCCAUACAGGAGAAACCUUAUGAAUGUAAUGACUGUGGAGAAGUUUUCUUUGCAAAUUUCUAUGCAAUUCAGAGCUCAAUGAACAUCAAAGAAGUCACAGGAGAGAAAAUUUAUGAUGGCAAUGACUGUGCAGAAGCCUCUUCAUAUGACAAACAUCACAAAGCAUCAGAGAAUUCACAUGGGGAGAAAUGUCAUGAAUAAUGAUAGUAGAAAGCCUUUUGUUAUAAUUUUCAACUAAUAAAACAUCACAGAAUUAACAGGGAAUUUUCCACACAAUUGCCUUUUUGUGCAAGUUCCUUUUCAUUAAAUAACAGAAUCCAUCAAGGGAGAACAAUAAGAUUAUAGUCAGUGUGGAUAUGCCUUUGGUGCCAAUUAUACCUCAUCAAGCAUAACAGAAUUCACAUGGGGAAAAUCUUAUGAAUGUAAUGACUCAAAGUCUUUUACCAUAAUUUAGCCCACAUUGCACAUCAUCAAAUUCAUACAGGGAAAAAAACCUUUGAAAGUAAUCUUGUGGAAAAGCCUUUACUUAGAAGUCAUAGCCCACAAGACAUCAGAGAAUUCACAUGGGGGAGAAAUCUUAUGAAUGUAAUGAGUGUUGGAAAGCUUUGCCAAAAUCUCAGGUACAACAUUAGAGAAUUCACAAAGUGGAGAUCUCAUGAAUGAAAUAAACGUGGGAAAGCUUUUUGUCAUAGGUCAUACCUCAUAAUCCAUCAUCUAUUUUGAAUGGGAGAGACUUUGAGAAUAUAAUAAGGGGUUGGCUCUGUGGCUCAUUUGGUUAAUCAUCCCCCUGUGGUACUGGCAUUUCAUAUGGGCACCAGGUUCUAGUACUGGUCACUCCUUCCAGUCCAGGUCUCUGCUGUGGCCUGGGAAGGCAGUGAAGGAUGGCUCAAGUCCUUGGGCCCCUGCACCAGCAUGGGAGACCAGGAGGAAGCACCUGGCUCCUGGCUUUGGAUCGGCAUAAUUCCAGCUGCAGCAGCCAUUUGGGGGAGAACCAAUGUAAGAAAGAUUUUUUUCUCUGUCUCUCUAACUCUAUCUGUCAUAGAAAGAAAGAGUGAGAGAGGUAGGGAGGGAGGGAGGGAGAGAGAGAGAGAGAGAGAGAGGGAGAGAAUGUAUAUAUUGAAUGUGGAAGAGUUUCCCUUCAAAUAAUGUAAGUAUUAGGACAAAAUUUUCUGCUGGAAAUCACAUCUUAUCCAACAGGGACGCAUGUAACGGAGAAAGCUUAUAAAUAUUAAUAGUGUUAAAAAAGCAUUUGUCACAAAUCUAUCAUACAUCAGAGAAUUCAGAUGGGGGUUUCUUUUUUUUAACUUUUAUUUAAUAAAUAUACAUUUCCAAAGUACAACUUUUGGAUUAUAGUGGCUUUUGUCCCACAUAACCUCACUCCCACCUUCAACAAUCGAACCUCCCACUCCCUCUCCCAUCCCAUUCACAUCAAGAUUCAUUUUCAAUUAUCUAUAUACAGAUAAAUUUAGUAUAUACUAAGUAAAGAUUUCAAGAGUUUGCACCCACAGAGAAACACAAAGUAUAAAGUACUGUUUGAGUACUAGUUAUGCCAUUAAUUCACAUAGUACAACACAUUAAGGACAGAGAUCUUACAUGGGGAGUAAGUGCACAGUGACUCCUGUUGUUGAUUUAACAAUUGACACUCAUAAAUAGAUGUCAGUAAUCAACCGAGAAUCUUGUCAUGAGCUACCAUGGCUAUGGAAGCCUCUUGAGUUCACCAACUCUGGUCUUUUUUAGACAAGGCCAUAGUCAGAUUAUAGGUUCUCUCCUCCCUUCAGAGAAAGGUACCUCCUUCUUUGAUGGCUCAUACUUUCUGCUGGGAUCUCACAGAGAUCUUUCAUUUAGGUCACUUUUUUUUUUUUUUUUUUUGCCACAGUGUCUUGGCUUUCCAUGCCUGAAAUACUCUCAUGGACUUUUCAACCAGAUAUGAAUGCCUUAAGGGCUGAUUCUGAGGCCAGAGUGCUGUUUAGCAGGACAUCUACCAUUCUAUGAGUCUGCUGUGUAUCCUACUUCCCAUGUUUUAUGGUUCCCUCCUUUUUAAUUCUAUCAGUAUUAGCAGACACUAUUGUUUAUAUGAUCCCUUUGACUCUUAGACCUAUCAUUACGAUCAAUUAUGAACUAAAAGUGAUCACUUUGACUAGUGAGAUGGCAUUGGUACAUGCCACCUUGAUGGAAUUAAAUUUGAAUCCCCUGGCAUGUUUCUAACUAUACCAUUAGAGGUAAGUCCAGUUGAGCAUGUGCCAAACUGUACCUGUACUCCCUCUCUUAUUCCCACUCAUAUUUCACAGGGUCACUCUUCAGUUAAACUUAAACACCUAAGAAUAAUUGUGUGUUAAAUAAAGAGUUCAACUAAUGGUAUCCAGUACAAAAAAAAAAAAAAAAAACUAAUAAA